AAUCGAUAUUGUUGGUGUAGACCGAACUUCCAUAUGGUGGGAAAUUCUUCGGCUACGUGUAAGAAGAACGACGUAGAAAAACCCCGGUGGACGAGUGAACCCCCACUUUGUAUUGCAAUAAGAAGAGCUCUAAGUAUACAACCACAUUGUCAGUAUCCAGAAUCUCCAAACCAUGGUCAGAUUCAUUGUGACCAAAGAGCAAUAGAAGACGCGUAUCCAGUAGGAACCAUCUGUAGAUAUUCCUGUAGUGCUGGAUACCAUAUGUCAAAAGAAGAUUCUGUAAUAAUAUGCAGACGUUCACGAUGGAACAUCACUAAAUCGGUGGAUUGCAAAAAAACUAAGGAUCGGUCUCGGCAAUGUUCUACACCAAUUGAUCCACCAAAUGGCCAGACCUUCUGUAGGAGAAGAAGCACUGCUGGAAAAUAUCCUCAGGGUACUAUCUGCUGGUACUUCUGUAACCCAGGAUACGAAGUAUCGGGUCCUCUGUCCAGGAAGCCUGUUAUGGUUUGUCAAGGGCCUGAAUGGGAAGUGUUAGAGAACGUCAUCUGUGCUU